GCUUUCGGUUCACUUCGCUCCCCUCGCAGGCGCUCCCUGUCUGCGUGGUGUGUGUGGUGUGAGGUGUGAGGUGUGCGUGGUGUGUGUGGUGUGGUUUGCGUAGUGUGGUGUGUGGUGUGGUGUGCGUGGUGUCGUGUGUGUGGUGUGCAUGGUGUGUGUGGUGUGGUGUGCGUAGUGUGGUGUGUGUGGUGUGCGUGGUGUGGUGUGUGUGGUGUGUGUGGUGUGCGUGGUGUGGUGUGUGUGGUGUGUGUGGUGUGCGUGGUGUGGUGUGCGUGGUGUGUGUGGUGUGCGUGGUGUGGUGUGUGUGGUGUGUGUGGUGUGCGUGGUGUGGUGUGCGUGGUGUGUGUGGUGUGCGUGGUGUGGUGUGUGUGGUGUGCGUGGUGUGGUGUGUGUGGUGUGCGUGGUGUGGUGUGUGUGGUGUGUGUGGUGUGCGUGGUGUGGUGUGUGUGGUGUGCGUGGUGUGGUGUGCGUGGUGUGUGUGGUGUGCGUAGUGUGGUGUGGUGUGCGUAGUGUGGUGUGGGGUGUGUGGAGUGCGUGUUGUGUGGUGAGGUGUGUGUGGCGUGUGUGGGUGUGUGAAGGCUGUAACGGCACGACACGAUACUCGCCACUUAGACCAUCAACGACUGCCUCUGUAUCAGUAACAUCUCACGAACACCAUCCCCCCCACCACCCAAACUACCACCACCACCCACACCACCACCACCCACACCACCACCACCACCACCACCACCACCCACACCACCACCACCACCCACGCGUCGGGUCCGAGUUUGCGAUGGAGGGGGACUCUCCCCGCAUGUUCAGGGUGCGGGUCCCGUCAGACGCUCAGAGAUUCGGCGUGGCGGCCGUCAGCCUGUACCAGCUGCUUACGAAGGCAGCGAGGAAGCUGAAGCUCGCAGAGAGAAGGGAUGGGCCUCUGCGUGUCUGCUUGGAGGAGGAUGGGACAGAGGUGGGGGAUGAGGAGUAUUUUUCUGUGCUCGACAGGAAUACCUGCCUGGUUAUUUUAAAACAUAACGAGCGUUGGACAGGAGUGGGUGUGCAUGCCGUGUCUCAUGCAAUGGUUCAUUUUGAAAGAUGCACACACGACGUGCUUGAAAUUUUUCGGAAUGAUCCUAAUGGAAAGUUAACAAAUAUCUUAAAGAAUUUUCUAAAUUCCAUUGAAGACUGCUCGGAAAGGGAAUCCCGACAAGAUGACCCUACGUGGUUUGAAGGUGUGGAGAACCGCUUCAAGCAUAAGCGGGAAGAGAUGCGCCACCGCUGCAAAACGCGGAUGCGGGGUUACUUAAGCGACGCAGUCGCAUAUAAAAAUAAAGUUCCAAUGGAGCACCAGAAGAGAUACGAGGAGCUGCUUCAGCUGAUAAGGAAUGAGUUGAAGACGCAAUGCUUCAAUCAGGAUUACUUCGAUAGGUCUGCUGCUGUGGAAGUGCGGUUAUGUGACAACAAUGGACAAUUCUCUUGCCAGGGUGCAUAUAAUAAACAAGACUGUCAAUAUCAGCACAAGAUAAACCCAUACGCCAACUGGGAGAGCAGAAUACAAUUCAGCGUCUGGAACCUAGACCACCGGAUUGAGAAGUCCCGUGAGGUGCUGCCCAGCUUGAAGAUUGCAUUGGAACAGUCGAACGGUCGACAGAUCAACUGGAGAUAUUUUUAUGGGCUUUUAUUCACUCGGGAAAACCUUAAACUAGUAGACAUCGUGUGUCAUGACAAGACGUGCCACAAACUCAAAUGCAGAAAACUAAAAUUUUACGUGUAGUAAAAUGAUCUCAUUUUGAGUCACGUGGGAGAAGGUGGGGGGGGGGUGGUGAGUUUUUUAGGAGUGUGUGAAUUGAAAGGAUACAAAAGAGAAAUGACGGAGAAAAAUUCGUGUGGACCUUAUUUUAUCUGGGAUUUUAUACAGUGCUUUUGUGAAUGCGCUUUACAAAAAAUGCUAAUGGGGAAAAGGAAUGGGGUUUGAGUGUUGGGGAAGGGAUGGCAAGGAAGGGUGAUGAUAGGGAAAGGGAGGGGCGAAGUUAUGAGAGAGAAGGCUGGUGAACGUUUUAAGGACAAGGACAGGAAGUAGUAGAGGGAUACGCUUGAGGAACGAAAAACGUGACUGAGCACAGGUAGGAGGGGUGUAGUGAGGGACCAGAGAGAUUGUGAAUGCAGGUGGCGAGAUGGGACCUAAUAAGAAGGAAAAGAAGCGAGAUAGGGUGGGGCAGAACCAUGAAGCAAUUUUUAAACAAGUGUAAUAAACGACUUCCACGA